UAAAUAGAACGGUAUUUUAAAAACAAGUCUUCACAAUAGCUACAAAUAUUACGCGUCAUGAAAGUCAGACAUGUCUAACACCUGAUUUCAAAAAUAAUAUCGGCCCGACCUAUGGAUGUGUUUUCGGUGCAUCACGGGAAGGCAAGGAACUCGGUUUCGCCAGGGGACGGGCUUCUUGUAAAAUACCCCCGCCUUCCUCCUAUCGUUCCAGUGGAUGAACUCACAGAAAGAGUCGAUCCACCAUCCUACAGGUCUUUGUUUGAAAUCGCAACGAACAAUAAUUCACGAUCACCAAUUUACCAGGAAUCGCCUCCAUCUUUCUGGGAGCGCCAGGGGUGUCUAUGUGAGAAAAAUAAAUGUAUAAAAAACUUAAAAUCGGCGCUACUAUUUGUAACUGGGUUAGUUUAUACGUUGCAAGGCUUUAUCAACAUUGAUAACUGCCCCCUGGAGUCCUCUCUCCCAAAGGUAAUUGGAAUAGAAGGAGUCUCUCUCUUCGUCUAUAUGAUAAUUCAGACGAUUCUCCAUUCUCUUUCUUCUAAUACUCGUCCUACUGUGAGAAGAAGUGAAGAAGAUAUUUACAGUAAACAGCAGACCUAUUUCAUGUUCACCAUAUUCUUCGCUAUAUAUGUCGUCUACCUGUAUUUGCUAUGGAUCAUUGGAUGUUCUCUUGUUUUCGAACUACCGGAAGACUCCAUUGACAGAUCUAGAAAAUUGGCUGGUAUAGCUUUAAAUGAGAGCUGGUAUUGUGACGCAACAUUUUAUGACUCCGCCUACUACAGCAGGAUUGUGCAAACUGUAAUCAUGGUUUUGAUUGGUCUAAUCAUUCUAUACUACUGGAUGUCUGUUAACCCCAGUGAAAAUCAAAAGUUUCUUAAGAAUAAAUGGAAAGCUUGGUUUGAAAUCUUGGACCAUGACAAAGAUGGUGUCAUUACGGAACACGACAUGAUGAAAACCAAUGAAAAACUUGAGUCCAUUCGAAUAUAUCUACGACAAAGACAUUCCCCAAUUGAUCCUAGAAAAGCGCAGCUGUGGUGGUUUUCGUACAUAUUUAGAAAAGGAACUAAUGGAAUAUCAUUCGAACAGUUUGCAAAUUCUCAUGACGAUUUCAACUCUACAUACGCAAAUUCAUUUGAGUUCGAGUCCUAUAUUCGACGCUGCAUAACAGAUUUUUUCGACUUUUUCUCGACCCACGAGCAAGGGAGAAAUCAUAUCAUGGAAGACGAAAAGUUUGUUAACUUUUGGCAUAUUAUAGCAGGUAUACCCGAAAAUCAAUCACGUGACCAUUUAGUAUACUUUCCGAAACUACUCACAACUGGUGACUUGAUGUAUGCUUGGAUAGGAUUUCUUAAGGAGAGUAGCCGUUCUCCAGGAAAAUUCUAUCAGUCUCAAGCUGUUUACAAACUUCUUAAGCCAGACAAAUAGAGUGUUGGACUAAGCUGAAUGCUCAAUGGACAUAUACAAUACGUUUAUGAUUAAUGUGGUAUCAUUUAAUUGAAUUCGUGGGGGCCAAUUUUCUGAAUUGUGAGUUAUCUGUUUAUUCCUGGGAAUGUAAUUCCGUGGAUGGGCCAGUUUUUGGUUUCAGUACCAAAACUAACUCUCUCAAACUUUUUUUGUCGAGGAUGUAAAUUCGUCAGGGAGGACUUCCCAUGAAUACCACGAAAAUUGAUCCACUAUUGAAUCUAUUGAUUCCACGGUAAACGGUUUUACUCGCAGUAUGUGUUUUAGCUGUAUAGACCAAUGAGGAAAAGAAUUGUUUUACUGUAUCAGUGGUAACAAUCAGAAAGUUAUAACUGUUGUAGAUGUUACAAAACCUUGCUGAACUGUUAAUAGAUAUGUUAAGUUUCGAAAAGAAAUAAACUAAAUAUAUACAGUGUAAAGAAAGAGAAAAAUAUUAUGCUAAAGAAAUCAUGGAAUAUAUUUCUAAGAUUAACAAAUACUUUAAAUUUAAGUUGGUUCAAAGUUUUGAUGUAUAAAUCGCUCUUAAAAAUAAACAAAAGAUGUGCAGAGAUUUUGUAUAGAUACAAUUAUACUACAGAGUUGACUCGGUGACAUGAAUUGCUGUACAUGUAACCUUAUAAGUGUGUCAAGUACAAAGU